CAUCAAGCAAUUGUCCAGCUGCUCCUUGAAAAUAAAGCAGACUCGAGUUAUCUUCAUCCAAACUUCGCCGAUGGCCAUCGCGUGCAAACUCUCUACAUUGAAGAGAUUGUCACGAUGUUACUUAACAGUGCUUCUAAGAUAAAAUCUUUUCAUUCUAAUGUCCAAAAAGGUCACGAUUCCGCAGUUGCUUCAGCACUAGACAGCGGCAUGAAACCCGAUGUCCCUGGUGGCUGGUACUUAUAUGCUUUACAUACUGCAGCGAGUCAAGGGAACCUUUCAAUUAUCGUUUUGUUAUUAGCAAAAAGCAAUGCCGAGCUCGAUAUACCAGAUUUCGCUGGUCGAACCCCGCUUUGGCUAGCUGCACAAUCAGGCCAUGUUUCUGUCUUAGACAAACUUUUUGAAUCAGGAACAGUAGAUAUCAAUCCUCGAGACCUCGAAGGUAGAUCAGCGCUUUGGCAGUCCUCGGCUCGUGGACAUCUCAAUGCUGUCAAGUGGCUACUAAGUCGGAAUGCCAAUCAUAAGAUUCCAGACAACUAUGGAUUGUCGCCCUUAGAGAAAGCCGAGAUUGAAGGUCACAAAUCUAUUAUAGAGGCUAUAAGGAGAGCCCCUUGA